CGGGGGGAGGAGGUGAUAGUUGUGGAAAAGGCACGCACUUCCGGUCUUGGCAUUGGAGUGCGCAUGCGCAAGACAUCCUGAGGCAGUGAGGUUUUUUCAGUCUCUUCAGUGCCCUGACUUCGAUGCACUUCCGGUUCCGUAUUGUCGCGCCUGAAUUACCACAACCGUGAGAAAUUCAGGCAGAAGGUUCAAGUGAGCAGGUGGCGUUUCUCUUCAGCAACUCUCCUUGGCCUUUAUAAAAAGUUAGAGCUAUCUUCCUUUCGAAAACGCCCAGGAGGCAUAUCAUUUUGGGGGGACCCUCAAGCUGGCUAGACAGACAAGCCCUGUACAAAUAAGAAAUGGAUGACUUAGAUGCUUUGUUGGCAGAACUGGAGCAAACCUCAUUGAGUCUGAAUGUAAGUGAAACAGAACCAGCAAAAGUUUGCAUUCUUCUGGAACGUGACAAAAAAGAGAAACCAGCAACAGUAUCAGGAGCGACCAAUGCAGCUCAGCAAAAGAAGCAGACCCUUGAGGCCCCAAAGGUGCUAUCAGGAUGUGGGGCUGAACGCAAGGAGGAAGAUGUGGAUAAUAUUUACAGCAAGGUCCCCCCUCCACAGCCGCUGUACUCUUUAGCUUCGUCCACCUCAACUGCUCAACAGCUAGAUGAUCUUUUGGCUUCCCUGGGGACACUUCAGUCUAAGCUUUCAGAAGAUGAUUUUGGACAGCCACCUGCAAUACAGCAGAAAACCACAGACAAUCUCGAUAGUAUGCUGAAGGGCCUGACACAUGAUUUGCAGGACCUUGGUAUUGCCACAGUACCCAAGGGCCACUGUGCUUCCUGUCACAAGCCCAUUGCUGGAAAGGUAAUUACAGCACUGGGAAAGACAUGGCACCCUGAACAUUUCCUCUGUGGCCACUGUGGAAAAGAAGUGGGCUCCAGUCCUUUCUAUGAACGGGAAGGCAAAGCCUACUGCCAAGAAGACUACCAUCAGCUCUUCUCCCCUCGCUGUGCUUACUGUUCUGCACCCAUCCAGGAGAAAGUCCUCACAGCCAUGGAUCGGACUUGGCAUCCUGAGCAUUUCUUUUGUGCCCAUUGUGGGAAAGUGUUUGGCAAUGCAGGCUUCCAUGAGAAGGAUGGGAAGCCAUACUGCCAAAAAGACUUCCUGGCCCUUUUCUCACCCAAGUGCAGAGGAUGUGAUCGGCCUGUCAUGGACCAGUAUUUGUCAGCUCUGAAUGCUGUUUGGCACCCAGAGUGUUUUGUGUGUGGAGACUGUUUCUGCAGUUUUGAGAAUGGCUCCUUCUUUGAAUUAAAUGGUCGUCCAUUCUGUGAGCUUCACUUCCACCAUCACCAGGGAACUGUGUGCCAGGGUUGUGGGAAGCCCAUUGUUGGCCGUUGUGUUAGUGCCAUGGGGUAUAAGUUCCACCCAGAGCACUUUGUCUGUGCUUUCUGCCUUACCCAGUUGCACAAUGGCAUCUUCCAGGAGCAGAAUGGCAAAACCUACUGUAAUCCUUGUUUUAACAAACUUUUUGCUUAACUGGAUAAUUUGAGCAACUUAACGCUUUCUCAGGCCUCCCCCCUCCACUUUGUCAAGAACAAACCCCUAAGGAAAGUGAGAUAAAAUCCUAUUAAAUUUAAUAGGGUUUACUCCUAAUUAAAGAUACAUUGGAUUAAACUGCAAGAAAUGCAAAUAAAAUAUUGUUGUAACCACCAUUUCCACUAAUAUACCAAUCUGCUUCAAUGCAUCCAGCUCAUUAAGUGUUAAGCAAUAACCCUCUUGCAGUGUCUUUCAAACAGCCCACAUUGGUUGAGGAUCUGGUCCAUUAUUGCAGUUGAGUCAAUAACAGUAGCUUAUUUGAUGAAUGUAAUUUCUCUAGUCAAUCAGGUAACACCAGUUUAUGAUUUCUCUUUUCUGCACAACUAGUUUCUCUAUAUAUCUAGACCUAAAUUUCAAUUUCAAUCUACAUUCAUAUCUAUGUAUUCAUUGAAAAUGAGUAAUAGCAUGAAUGGAUACAGCAAAAUCUGUACAUGUCUACUAAAUCAUAAAUCUAUCAAAUUCACUAGGACUUACAUUCAGGUAAAUGUGCAUAGAAUAAUAGCUUGGCAAAGCAAUACAUCAUGUACAACAGUGUUUCUAGUUGCAGCGGGAAAGGGUGAUCAGACACUGUGAUGUCAUAAUCACUCAUGUCAUGCAACUAUGACAUUCCCGGUACAGACAUAGGGGCACAGGGACAAACGGGACAGGAAACUGGAAGGUGACAUGAGCUGGCCAUAAAGAUGUUUGGUAUCUUCAUCUCCUGCGCGUCUUCAAGUAUUCUUUCAAGAGAAGGCUAACUCUAUAGCAACACAGCUGAUGUAAAGAGCCAUUACAUACUUGCUUUUCACUUUGUUUUAGCCAUUCACCUCAUCAGAUGGGGGUUUUUGCUGCUGGGAUGGAGUCUGCCAGAGCCCAUCAUAUGAUACAGAGCUACUUCCAGCGGAGCUCCGUUGGGCUCCGUCCUGGCAGUGUGCUGGCAUCACAUUAAGAGGGCGCCCUGAGGAGAUGGGUGACUAUCUGUCUCCUCAUUGAAGAAGCCGGGGACAGCGCAGCAGGAAACUGGGAACAGUGGGAAAACAUUGUGGGACGGCAGCCCACAACCAAUCACGGUAAGGGGACAAAGCUGACCGCUGCCCCACAGUUUCCCCGGUUGUCUCCCACUUUCACCUGCUGUCCCCAGACUUUUGAACCUCCAUGCAGUGAGGUUCUAGAAUAGUGGUUCUCAACCUGUGGGUCCCCAGAUGUUUUGGCCUUCAACUCCCAGAAAUCCUAACAGCUGGUAAACUGGCUGGGAACCACUGUCCUCACCAGAAAAAUACCUCCACCAGCUGAGGCAGUUCUGCUAUCUUGUAUUUUAUGGAUGUGCUAUGCAUCCCAAGUUCUGUUAGUGGCUUCUUCCAGAUAUAUGGCCGCAUCAGCCAGUAGAACUAAAGGUUUAUUUAAUGGUCAGCUAUCACAGCAAAUUGGUCUUCCUUGUCAAGUGCUUGUUUUAAUCUCAGUGUUCUUAUUGUAACAAUGUAAUGUUGGGGGUGACAGAGUAAUACAAAAGCACAAUGGUGGACUGUGCCAUAUAUUUUGGACAAACAACCUUGCCUCUUCUCUUUGCCAAACUGAUAGAUCUUCUAUAUAAAUAAAACCUGUUUUUUCAAA